AACAAAAUCACAAAAUUUUAUUUGAGCACUCUGUUAACGUUCUGCAUUUAUAGUGAGCAUUUAUUAGAUACUUUUUACUAUCGGGACAAAAACUGCUAGAACUAUACACUGUCUUAAAAUCAAAUCGAUCAACGGUCUCAACUUUAAUUCCAAGCUGUGAUUACGACACUACUUAUCAAUUUGUUAACACAUUCUAAGCACCGUUAAAAAAGACCUUGAUAACAUAAGUUAUUUAAUAACAAGUUCGCUGCGAACAAUGACGGGGCAGGAUUGCAGUGCAGUGCUUGCCGUUUCCUAGACGAUGGAAGAGGUCACGUAUUUCAUCGGCAUUGACGUCGGUACCGGUAGUGUUAGGGCUGCCCUGGUGACGGAAUUCGGGAAAAUAGUUAGUUGCAGCUCCAAGGCAACGAAAACCUGGAACAUCCAGACGGAUUUCUACGAACAAUCCAGCGAGGAUAUUUGGAAUGCAGUGGUGAGCUGUGUCAAGGAAGUAGCUAAAGACGUAGAGCCUAAAAAAAUUAAAGGUGUUGGAUUUGAUGCGACCUGCUCCCUAGCCUGCUUUGACAAGUCUGGUAAACCUUUGAGUGUUAGUCCCACAGGCAAUAACGAACAGAACAUCAUACUUUGGUUGGACCACCGAGCGGUGAAAGAGGCUGAAGAGAUAAAUGCCACAAAUCAUCAAAUACUUCAGUAUGUGGGAGGGAAAAUAUCACCGGAAAUGGAAACUCCUAAAUUACUUUGGCUCAAGAGAAAUCUAAGAAAAGAAUGUUGGGAAAGAGCUGGUUACUUCUUUGAUCUUCCCGACUUUUUAACUUGGAGGGCCACAGGUUGCGAUUCUAGGUCAUCGUGUUCACUGGUUUGCAAAUGGACCUACGAAAUGUCGAUAGAAGGAAUUGAAAGCUGGAACAAAUCGUAUUUUGACACGAUAGGUUUGGAAGAUCUAGCUGAAAACAACUGGAGCAAAAUUGGAUCUGUAGUGUGAUUUCGAAUCACAUUAGACAAUGGAAGUCCGAACUAAUAAAAUUCAAUAAUAUCAAAAUUGUAUUCAGCUAUAUUUGGACGCAUGCAUUUGUUUUCUGGUGGCUUCCCCCUUUUUAAUAAAUCUCAGUUUUAUUCUCGUCUUUCUCAAUAUCAGUAUUUUUCAUUUUCAGGUUUGAUUUGUGGAACUUCUACAUGUCACAUGGCUGUUUCCGAGGAAGCCACUUUCACUCCUGGAAUUUGGGGGCCUUACAAAAACGCCAUGGUACCUGGCAUGUGGUUGAAUGAGGGUGGUCAAAGUGCUACAGGAAAACUCAUAGAUCACGUCAUAGAUACUCAUCCAGCCACACCAGAAAUUAGGAAAAAACUGGGUAAAAAACAUAUUCAAGAGUAUUUGAGCAACAUCUUGAUCGAUUUGGCACAGCAGCAAAACCUGAAAUCAGUUGCCUUUCUGACGAAAGACCUGCAUGUUUGGCCUGACUUUCAUGGUAACAGAUCACCCAUAGCCGAUCCAACUCUAAAAGGAGUUAUUUGUGGUUUAACUCUUGCUGUUGACGAAGUGAACCUGGCAUUGCUGUAUCUCGCCACAGUACAAGCUCUGUCUUAUGGAACUCGCCACAUAAUACACAACCUGAAAAAAUCUGGUUACAAGAACAUCAAAUCCACUCUUAUUUGCGGUGGACUGAGCAAGAAUCCCAUCUUCACGCAGAGCCAAGCAGACGUUUGUAAUCUCCCCGUGGUGUGUCCAGAUGAAGAGGAGUCUGUUCUACUUGGGGCAGCUAUUUUGGGGGCAUGUGGAGCUGGUCACUUCAGAGAUAUGAAGACUGCUGUUCAGACAAUGGGCGGCAAAGGCAAGGUAGUCGAGCCCAACAAGGACGUGAUUGAUUAUCAUGAUAAAAAAUACGAGGUGUUUCUGAAAAUGUAUGAACACCAACAACAGUACAGGAAAAUAAUGAAUUGCUGAAAUGUG